AUGCUGAGAUUGAAGUGUUCUAAACGUAAACCUUUACAGUCAGCUCUUGCAGCAAGACAUCUGAUCAAUAAGAACAAGGUGGAAGUGAUUCUUGGACCAAGAUCAUGGGAGGAAACAUCCACCGUUGCUGAGGUUAGUGAACGCUAUGAUGUUCCAAUUCUUUCAUUUGCCAAUUCUAGUCCACCAUGGGCGGCUGAGCGUUGGCCAUUCCUCGUUCAAGCUGCGGCAGGGACACACGUGCAAAUGAAGGCAGUGGCUAAUAUAAUUCAAUCGUGGGGGUGGCGCUGGGUGAAUGUAAUAUAUGAGGACUCAGAUUCAGCAGCCAAUGGAAUCAGUCCUUAUCUAUAUGGUGCUUUCCAAGCUGUUGAUGUUGAAAUAAGCAAUCUUUUACCCCUUUCUUCUUUUGCUGAUUCCUCUUUGUUGCACAAAGAACUCGAAAAUCUGAAACAAGAGCAAUGUAGAGUGUUCAUCGUGCAUACUUCUUUAGAACUCGCGACGCGUAUUUUUGGAAUGGCUAAGGAAAAAAGGAUGAUGGAGAAGGAAUAUGUAUGGAUCACAACUGAUUCCAUUACAAGUUCGGUGCAUUCCAUGAAUUUUUCCUUAAUUUCCUCUAUGCAAGGUGUGGUAGGUGUGAGGAACUCUUUUUUGGAAACUGGACCUGAUUUCAAUAUUUUUUCGACAAGAUUUUAUGGGAUCUUUGGCCUGAAGUACCCCGAGGAAAAGCAUCACGAGCCUGGAAUCUUUGCGCUGCAGGCUUAUGAUGCUGUGUGGACAGCGGGAUUAGCAAUGAAUGAAGGUACCAACAGCAAUGGCCGGCAACUUUUGGAAACUAUUCUCAAAACAGAUUUCGACGGUUUAAGUGGGAACAUCCAGUUUACGCGGCAAAAAUUAGAGCCCACAACUCAAUUUCAGAUAAUCAAUAUAAUUGGAAAGCAUUAUAGAGAACUGGGAUUCUGGACUGAGAAUCUAGGAUUCUCCCAUACUAUAGAUCAUGGAGUGUACGACUUAUCCAUGGAGAGUUUAGGAGAUGUGAAUUGGCCAGGACUUGGAGGGCGAUCGUCUGCUCCAAGAGGAUGGGAUCUUCCGACAAUCGAAAAUCCUUUGAGAAUUCGAGUUCCCAAUGGAUCCAUUACAAACAAAUUCGUGAAAGUAGAUUAUGAUUCUUCUACAAAUAAGUACACCUUUUCGGAAUUUUCUGUGGAUGUGUUCAAUGAAACCACACAGCAUUUGAAGUACUCUCUAGAAUAUGAAUUCAUUCCUUUUGGAGGAACCUACACUGAUUUGGUAAAGAAAGUUCAAUCAAAGGAAUUUGAUGCAGCAGUUGGUGACAUCGCCAUAAUAUCAAAACGAUGUGAAUAUGUAGAAUUCACGCACUCUCAUACUGAGACAGGACUAGUAAUGGUAGUGCCAAUUCUAAGGCAUUCAAGCAGAGCUUGGCUGUUUGUGAAGCCCUUUACAAAAGCCAUGUGGUUUCUCACAUUUUUCAUUAAUGUCUUCAAUGGAUUCGUCGUAUGGAGUAUUGAGAGAAAUUACUGCUCUGAACUAAGAGGACCAGUUCUGAACCAAAUAGGCACUCUACUUUGGUUGGCUUUUGCAACACUGUUCUCAUUACGCGGUGAGAAAUUACAUAGCAAUUUGUCACGUAUGGCGACACUGGUAUGGCUUUUUGUGGCUCUGAUCAUCACACAAAGCUAUACAGCCAGCCUUUCGAGCAUGCUCACAAUGCAGAAUCUUAAACCAAAAAUAGCAAAUAUUGAGACACUAAAGAGCAAUAACGCGGUGAUUGGCUGCUCACAGAGGUCUUUCGUUAGGGAAUAUUUGGAGGGUCCUUUAGGCUUUAAAUCAAGCAACAUCAGGAAUUUCACGUCAACUGAUGAGUAUGCACAGGCUCUCAGAAGUGGUGCUAUUGCAGCAGCCUUUCUUGAAGCUCCUGUGGCUAAACUUUUUGUCGCCAAAUAUUGCAAGAGCUUCAUCAUUGCUGGUCCUACAUACCAAGUUGGAGGAUAUGGAUUUGUAUUUCCAAAGGGAUCCCUUAUACUUCCUGACAUAGAUGAAGCAUUACUGAAUGUUCGAGAAAAUGGGGUGCUGAAAGAUUUGGAGCAGGGAUUAAUAGCUUCUGAGCAAUGUGAAGAUAUUCCAUCAGACAAUGAAACUGCAAGUCUUAGCCCUCAGAGCUUUUUUGUGCUGUUUAUAAUUACAGGAGUCACAUCAUCAACAUCACUUUUAAUCUACUAUUUUCGGGCGAAAGACAGAUAUGAGAAUUCCAUGGCUCAAUAUAAAGGGAUUUGGAUUGCAAUAAUGAUGGUUUUGAACAAGUUGGGACAUCACAGAAACAGACUUUCAAGAAAAGUAAGUGAUGUUGCUGAUGAAAAUCCCGGGAAUUCACCAAAUAAUUUGCAUUCUCGGCCACAAGCCUAG